AUGGUAGAACUAAUUGACAAUAGUGACUCCCAGGAGGAGACAAUUAAGAGAGGCUGCACAAGCUGUUACUCGAUGAUGAAGAAGCUUUAUAUCGUUUGUUUUGCUACCGUUUUGCUUUGUCAGGCUUUUGGCGGUAAGAGACUCUUGCAGAGAUGGGAUUUUGAAACGAUGUCUGAUUGGCAAAAAUUGGAGGCCGAUGUCUUGGAUGGUGCUGCCAGGUGUACGCAAAAAGAGAAUACAUAUGCAGACGAAGAAUACUGCGAUUGUGAUUCGAUAUCGUCGCUCAUCAUGAUUGAUCCAAAGAAGACCUAUGAGUUCUCCAUUUAUAUCAAUGCAUCGGGGAUGACUAUGAGGAGCUAUUUUGGCUUCUUUGUUUAUGACAACAAUCGAGACAAAAUAGAGGGUAGCUGGAGUCUACCAUACUUCAUAAACUCUGAUAAUCAUAGUCAUAAGUGGGAUAAAUGGAGAGCAUAUAUUCUUCCUCGUCAAAAUCCAGACACUGACAGUGAUGGUCAACCUGAUGUUCAAAACCACAUGACUAAUGGAAAAGAAUGGCUAUGGCCAACUAAUGCUAGUUAUGUUUCUUUACGAUUUGGAUCGUGUUAUAACGGCACUGGACGUCUUGUGCCAAAUCGAGCACGCAGACAUCCACCAUACCCUGCAGGAGAGACGUGGUUUUGGUUUCCCACGCUUAGAGAAAUUGAACAGCCAUUGUCAAUUCUGUUUCCUGAUCGUCGUCAUCCAAAUAUGAGGAUGUUUGACAUAACGGAUUCUCGAGUCUGGUCAGCUAUGGCAAACUAUAGUGGGAUGGCAUUUGUAAACGGUAAACACACUCGUAUAGCAAGAAGCACAAAGCAAGGUCAAGAUUGUUACUAUCCGUGGGGCAUCACACGUCAAUUUCCGAUUGAUCCUAACAAUACAUAUGAAUUUAGUAUCUUUUUGCUGAGUACAGGCACAGAUCUAAACAACUUCCUUGGCUUUCAAGUCUAUGACGUAGCAUUCAAUAUUCUUAAUGUCAAAGGCACAGACAAACCAUACUUCAAAAGAACUGAAAAUGAUACAGAAACGUGGACACGAUGGAAUGGAUUUGUACUUCCAGCCACAACUGAUCCUAACGACAUUCCCAAAUAUUACAGCAACGGAGUAAGCUGGCAAUGGCCACUUAAUUCUAAGUAUGCUCAGCUGAGGUUCGGCACUUGCUAUGGCGAUGGAGACAACGCAGGAAAGACUUACUUUGCUUACCCUCAGGUCGUAGACUUUGAUCUACAGCCAUAGACAAGAACAGUCAGACGUCCAUCAUGUUCUUCGGUUUUCUCUCGAGUAGCAGUAAACCUUUCGUUCGUGUUUGUAGUCUGUGCAAUCAUGAAACAGUAAAAGCUGGCACGAUUAGCGUUUGUAGCACGUGCCAUAACUUUGGUAUUGUUAUCAGUGUCUUUGCAACAGCACAAAUAGCACUGCACAUGUUCGUAUAGCUUACCCCAUCAAAUCGAAGACUAAAA